UCCCCAGGUGACCUGCCUUGUGUGAGAGCCCAGCGACUGAAGAUGAAGAGUUUGCUCCUGACCUUCUUGCUUCUGGGGCUGGUGGCUGUCCUGAGGGCCCAGGAAGUCCCAUCAGAUAACCAGGAGGAUUACUCUGGGAUCUGGUACCCAAAGGCCCUGGUACACAAUGGAAGCCUACCCAGUCACAUGAUACCUUCAAAGGUUUUCCCUGUCGUGGUAACAGCCCUGGAAGGAGGAGACAUGGAGGCCAAGGUUACAUUCUGGAAGAAAGGGCAGUGUCAUGAGCUUAAAUUCGUGAUGAAGAAAACCGACGAGCCUGGCAGAUACACCACCUUUCACGGCAAGAGGUCCGUCUAUGUCGAAGAACUCUCAGUGAAGGAUCACUACAUCUUCUACUGUGAAAGCCAUCAGCGUGGGAAGUCGUUUGGCAUGGGAAAGCUCAUGGGGAGAGACUCUAAGGAAAACCCAGAGGCCGUGGAAGAAUUUAAGGAGUUCGUACGGCGCAAGGGACUGAAAGAGGAAAACAUCUUCGUACCAGAGUUGAGCGAGCAGUGUGUGCCUGAAAGUUCUGAAAGUGACUAGGCAGCUACCCAGGUCUGCACUGCUGAGCAAGCCUUGGUUCCAGCACCUGGCUGGGACACCCCUGCACCAGACCUCUGCUGGACCAAACCCCCCACUGCCUCCCCACCCCAGGCCUUGGCCUCCCCUCCC